AUGAACGACAGUAGCACGCAAGAGCACAAGCCACGCGGUCCGCGGCUCUAUCAUAAAAAGUCUCGUACCGGAUGUACGCGAUGUAAGCAGAGACGAGUCAAGUGUGAUGAAAUUCGACCAAGUUGCGGCUCUUGCUCAAGACAUGCGGUUGAGUGCGUAUAUUUGACUACGAGUCAAGCGUCUUCGGUAGCCACUGGGAGAUCAACGUCGGCUACCCGACAUGAUAGUAGGCCAAUCAGCCAUGCCACAGCUUCCACGGCUUCCAGUAGCAAGUUAGCAUCUACUUACGACGUCGCUUCACGCCCGUCGCCAGUGAACAGUCCUCCGGGUCUUUUCGGCAAUGAUAUUAAGCCGGUGGUGUACUCACCAAAUGGCCCAGGAUUUUACUCCUCGCCGUCUUCAUCUUAUGUUACCCCUGCAGAUGACAGCUCAGAUACCGAUAUCAGCCUACCCGAGGGACCAUGGCGACGAUUCUGGGAACUACGCUUAUUAUACAAUUACUAUACGAACAUGUCGCAACCGUUCUCUAUACCACAAAGCCAGGAGAUCGCACACAUGUGGCAACACGAAAUCCCCGAACUAGCCACACGCAUGGCAGUUCAGCAAAAUCGAUCCGCCUUGCUUUACGUAAUAUUUGCUAACUCGGCUUUAUACCUCUGGACGAAAAGCACGGAUAAACAGGAGCGAAUCGAACUUAUGAAAUUGCAACAGGUUUACCAUAUCAUGUGUAGAGAACAGCGGCGCGAUAUCGAUGAGUUAUUGCUAGGGAUGUCUAAACAUGCUCUAUUCGUCUGCUUCACUAGUAUUCGGAUGGUAGCACAUUCGAUAGGCCUGGUUCAAACAAUGGCCGUAGAUCCUUGGGAGCCCCCGGUCCAGUGGUUGCACAUGGGACGAGGUUCGGGUGAUAUACUAAACACCGCCGAGGGGCUGGCCGAUCCAGAGGACGCCCAGAGGAUAGCGGCGUUUGAGAAAGGGCCACCUGAUUUAAGUAAUUAUAAGGAGUUGAUUACUUGUGAUCAUAGUUCGCUCGACUGGCUCCUAGAACACCCCGCCGGACCUGGAUCGAAUGCGGCACAAGAGGACCACGAACUAGACGAUGAAAAUGUGAGAUGUGUAUACGGAAACGCUAUGUCGUACAUAUGCUCCGUACACAGAGCACUUGCCGACGGUGAACGAGAUUUUGCUGCUAUAAGGAGGUUCGGCCGCUUUGCUGUCUACGUGCCCCCGGAAUUCACCAAAUUCAUAGAGGAAAAGAGACCGAGAGCUAUGGUGAUAUUGGCACAUUUUAUGGCCUUGUGGAUAGGCUUCGAACACAUAUGGAUGAUCGGCAAAGCUGGCGAGUUGCAGGUCAGGGGCAUAUAUAAGGCUUUGCCGAUAGAAUGGAGCAGCAAGCUUGACGGCCUGGUUGCGAGUUUUAAACCGCCGGAACCGCCAAAACGCAAAGCCGCAACCACCGCCGCCGCCGCCGCGCCGAAAGAGAAACAGUCCAAAUUAGCUAAAGAGCACAAUAUCUCGGCGCGAGAGGAACGCGAGAUAAAGGAGGCGUUUGCGCUGUUUGCGGAGCCGGCGGAGGGCGAGAAGGAGGGCGUCAUACCGAUUAAGGACGUACGGCGGGCUAUGGUCGCCCUAGGCCUCCCCCCCAGCAAACCCGAGCUAGCCGAGUUCCUCGAGAUCCUCGACCCGGAGGACGAAGGAUACGCGUCGUACGAGCCGUUCGUCGCGCUAUGCGCGCUGAAGUUGCACGCGCGGGAGUCCGGGCCCGCGGCGGAAGAAGUCGACGAGGCAUUUCGGUUGUUUACCGGGGGUGGGAAUGGUGCGGGUGCGGAUGAGGUGUUGACGUUGUCGCAUCUUCGCCGCGUCGCUAUGACGCUCAAGCAGGACGUCGAUGACCAGUUACUUAAGGACAUGAUUCUGGAGGCGAACGGGGGAGCGGGAGUGGGUAAGGGCGUGGGGAGGGCCGAGUUUGAGGAGGUUAUGAGGCGCGCGGGGGCGUGGAAGUGA